AUGACAUGUGGUAAACACAUGCUGCACCUUCAUAUGGAAAGAGAAAGUCGGAAAAAAGCACCACUCGGGUAUACAUGUACAUUAACUGUUGCCAAAGAAGGAGCCUAGUUUGUAUGGUGCAUGUAUCAGAAGGGGAAAGGGGGAGUAUAUAUUAGCAUGAAGUGCGAUAAUAAGUCUUACAGAAUGUUCAAAUAUCAAAUGUUAAACAAUAGAAAGGGAAAAUUAGCUGUGUCUAUAUCUCUAUCUUUUCUCCUUAAUUUUGUCCUAACCGAAGUGCUUUCCUUCAAAUAGUCUUGAAAAAGAAGAUAGAAAGGUUUGAAAGACGUUUCCUGCCUAAGGGAGUUUUGCUGUCUCUGAAAGACUCUGUUAGAGCAAUCAGGGAAUAUUUCUUCAAAGGUAAAUAUUGACAGUUCAAAUUUUAACAGUCAGAGAAAUUGAGAAAGAGAGAGAGAGGGAAUCAACAUAAUCCCUGCAAACACCCUAGUUGACUCUCUCUGUGCCCUUAUUUCCUCCUUCUGUCACAAGUACAGUCCUUUCUAAUCUCCUGACUGUAUUUGCAAUCCUAAGUUUCAGAGGGAUGCCCAGUUUUUCCAAGAGGUUUUGAAGAAAACCUACCAGAAGAGGCAAAGUUGGUUGUAAAAAAAAUCCAGCAGAGGCAUGCUUCCAGCCGUGCUUGUAUUGUGGCUGCCCCAUCCUGGCGUGCUUGCAUAAACAGAAGGGAAGCUUAUCAGCAGAAUAUCUUUUGUGUUUUUCCUGUAUUUAAUUGUCAACUGAGAGGUUUACACCUUUUCAUCCUCUUUAAAUCACGCCCCACAGUUAGGUAG